AUGGUGCAGCAAACGGUGCACAGUGAGACGGAGAACAGCAUGUCUAGAGAGGCUACGGACACCGAGGAAAACGAGCCGAUGGCGUGCAGUCCGGUGCCCCUAAAGCCGGACUGGUGCAAGACAGCCACCGGUCACAUUAAGCGACCGAUGAAUGCAUUUAUGGUCUGGUCAAAAAUAGAGAGGCGAAAGAUCAUGGAACAGUCUCCGGACAUGCACAACGCAGAAAUCUCCAAGAGACUUGGAAAAAGAUGGAAAAUGCUUAAGGACAGUGAAAAGAUCCCUUUUAUUCGGGAAGCGGAACGGCUGCGGCUACAGCAUAUGGCUGAUUACCCGGACUACAAGUAUAGACCUAAGAAAAAGCCCAAACUCGACUGUUCUUCGAAAGCAGCCGCACACUCUCCAGAGAAGCCAGGCUCCAAAACUGUCAAGACACCGGCCAAGAAAAUCACUAAACUCAAACCAGCCAAACCUGGGAGCGUCACUACAAGACCAUCUCAAGACUACAGAUACAGCUAUGUUUUCACAAACGUAAAGGUUAACAAGCCAGUAAAAAGGGAAUUAACCGACGAUGAGGACGAUGAUGAUGACGACGAUGAAGACGACGAUGAGGAUGACUACGAAGAUGAAUCGCCGUCUCGGAUUAAAGUGGAGGAGGACGACGAACAGAUAAGACCUUACAACAUUGCCAAAGUACCCGCCAGUCCGACUUUGAGCUCCACGGCUGAAUCGGAGGGCGCUAGCAUGUAUGAAGAGUCCAGAAACGCAAGCGUGACCCCCAAUAGAUUAUUCUACAAUUUCAAAAACAUUACCAAACAGAGCGCCGUCUGCCCCUCUUCGGUUUCACCAGCAUCUUCAUUCAGGUCAGUCUCCACAUCGUCCAGCUCCAGUGAGGAUGCAGACGACUUGCUGGUUGACUUCAGCCUAAAUCUGGCGUCCGGUGCUCACGGAGCGGAGCCGGCCAAUUCUAAUUCAGGAAACCUUUGUCUGUCUUUAGUGGAUAAAGAUUUGGACUCCUUCAGCGAGGGCAGCCUUGGCUCUCAUUUUGAAUUUCCAGACUAUUGUACGCCUGAGCUCAGCGAAAUGAUUGCGGGGGACUGGCUAGAGGCGAACUUCUCAGAUCUGGUGUUCACUUACUGA